AUGCUUCUGACCUUAAACUAUGUAGUAGUUUCUGUGAAAAUACUUGGAGGUCUUAAAUCACCGAUUAAAAUAGUACCAUGGCGCCUUUUUGUGCGCACCUUAAAGGUGGCCGUGGUGGGCGCCGGCGGAGGAAUUGGGCAACCGCUAUCGGUGCUCAUCCGUCGCUGUCCUGGAAUCGAUGAGCUGGCUCUUCAUGAUCUCUCGGAAAUGAAGGGAAUCGCUGCGGACCUAUCGCAUGUCAGUCAGAAGGGAAAGGUGAUGGGAUUUACGGGAGAAGAUCAAUUGGAAACGGCGUUAAGUGGAGCGGAUGUUGUGGUGGUGGCCGCUGGAAUGCCACGUCUACCAGGAAUGCAAAGGGAUCACCUGAUGGCCGCCAAUGGCAAUGUGGCCGUAAAAGUGGCCACUGCCGUCAGCAACGCUUGUCCUCGAGCCCCCUUGGUCUUUAUCCAUGGAAGCUAUGAUCCGCGACGCCUUUUCGGUAUUACCACCUUGGAUGUGGUGCGCUCGAAGAAGUUCAUUGGCGAUUCCAUGAAAAUAACUCCGGAUGAAGUUAGCAUCCCAGUGAUCGGUGGCCAUGCAGGCAUCACAAUUCUGCCGCUUAUAUCACAGUGUCAGUGUCACAGUCCCUUAUUUAAGGGCGGUCAGAAGGAGAUCCGGGAACUCACCCAUCCCAUCCAGGAGGCGGGCACCGAGGUGGUCAAUGCCAAGGCUGGCAAGGGAUCGGCCACCCUAUCGAUAACAUUUGCCGGCGCCAGUUUCGUGGAUUCCCUGCUGCGCGGAUUUGGUGGUCAGGAGGGAGUGGUCGAGUGCUCUUUUGUGGCCUCGCAAUUGACCGAUGCUCCCUUUCUCGCCAGUCCUGUGGAAUUGGGAAAGGAUGGAAUCAAGCGAUAUUUACCACUUCCCCAGAUGAGCGACUUUGAGAGAGAGGCUUUGGAAAAUCUGCUACCCAUUCUACGUCAAAAUGCCGAGGAGGGGAUUGAUUUUGCCAAGAAAUCUUGAAAUGAGAAAUUACUUUCACCUAUCCCAGCGGCUUUACCAUGA